AGUAAUCAUUAUAGCUAUGACAAGUUCAAUUUUACACAGAAUCCCAAUCCAACCUCCUAUUGCCAGAGAGGCCAAAGGAAUUUAUAUCACACUAGAAGACGGAAAUGUAUUCAUCGAUGCUUGUGGAGGUGCGCUAGUGACAGCGGUAGGACAUUGUCAUCCAACUGUAAUCCGUGCUAUCGAAGAGCAAAUCGGAAAACUGACAUUCUUAUGGAGUAUGAGCGUAUCAAACUCGCCAGCUGAAGAGCUUGCAAAACUAUUGGUGGAGGACAGUGAUGGUGCAUUUAACGCUGCAACAUUUUACAAUGGUGGAUCAGAAAGUGUAGAAGCAGCAAUGAAAGUCACUAAACAAUACUUCUUCCAAAAGAAUGAGCCACAAAGAGUAAAAUUCAUAGCACGUGAACGGUCUUAUCACGGCGAUACAAUUUCGACGUUAUCACUCACUGGUGGUAACCCUUAUACCGCACCAUUCAAUGAUCUCUACGAUAAAGAGCACUUCCAUAGAGUCUCUGCAGUGUAUCCGUUCCGCAACGCCGCCAAAGCUGGUGGUGAUGCAGCCUAUGUAGCAUCACUGAUUCGGGAAUUGGACGAUAAGUUUCAAGAGCUUGGACCUGAUACAGUUUGUGCAUUCAUUGCGGAGCCAAUUGCUGGUGCCGGAUUGGGUAUAGUAAAGGCUCCCGAUGGCUAUUUUGAAGGAGUGCGUAAAAUUUGCGAUAAAUAUGGCGCACUCUUGAUCUACGACGAAGUUCUGUGUGGACAGGGGAGACUUGGUACAACCCACGCUUGGCAAAGUUUAGGGGGAAAAGAUAGGGCUGUAAGGCCUGAUUUACAGACCAUAGGAAAAUGUCUCGGUGGUGGCUACGCACCUAUAGCUGCUCUGCUUUUUAGUCAGAAAGUUUCUGAUGGCAUUAAAAUCAAUGGCAACUGGCUAAGGCAUGGUCAUACUUACUCAAAUCAUAUUCUUUCGUGUACAGCUGCGCUGGCGGUUCAAAGGUUAAUCAAAUCGGAGAACCUCCUUGAGAAUGUUAAUGCAAUAGGUCCUUAUAUCGAAAAGAAAUUGAAAUUAAGUUUGAAAGAUUCUGAUUUGGCACCUUUUGUUGCUGACAUACGCGGUGGUGGUACUCUCUGGGGUAUAGAAUUUAGUCUUGAGUUCGUAGGCAAAAUAGCUGGCUUCUUUCCUAUUUUUUGUUAUCAAGAAAAUCUCCUGGCUGUCGCUGUGCCUGGAACACCUCCCAAUGACGAUUUAUCAUUUUCGGGCAUCGGAGAUUACACUUCAAUUGCUCCACCCUUUAAUGUCAGCAAAGAAGAGGUUGAUAUGAUCAUCGAAAAAUUUUCACGUGCGCUUCGUAACACACUAAAGAGUCUUCAAUUACUGUAGAUCUAUUGACAUGAUGAUAUUCAUUUUAAACCAUGUAUGUACAGGACAUGAUAUUCUGGAAUUGUUUACUGGAGGUAGCCUUCACUCAUUGCAUUAUGCCAAACUUUAAAUGUGACAUAAGUCACUUACAACUUUUAAUUGCUAGUACCAAAAGACCCCAUAGCUGUAAGGAUUUUUUAGUAGCUGUUUCAUCACAAUUUAACACAAAGCUGUUGUUUUAAAUUUUUAUCCAGUACAAAAAAUUAAGACAAU